AUGGAACAAGAUUCGAGAUCCGACGAGUCGCGAGAACGUGCCGUCUCUUCUGAGCCCAGCUCGACGCGUCCGAACCCCUUCGUUGACGCCGACCCCUCGGCCAGGAAGCGCCGGAGAACGUCGCUGGCCGGCUCCCGCAGCCGAUCUGUCGAGACUCUGCCGCCCCAACCGGAGACCGAGCUCGAAGACGAAGCUGGGGCUGCGGCCGCAGUUGAGAACGAGUCCACCAUGAAGGUCGACAGCCCAGAGCCUCCGGUCCCGAGCACUCCGCCGCACUCAGACCCUUCUUCCGAACCGCCUAGUACGGAGCCUCAUUCUAGUAAGGUGACCAUCAACCUCCGUAAUGCUAUGGGCCUCGACGCAGCUCCUGCUUCUCCCCCUUCUCCGACCAAGCUGCCACCGUCCAGCGAAGAUAUCAAGAUCAGUGUAGAGGAGUCCGAGACAGAUUCAGCACAGCUGCCGCCUAUAGCAGACGACACUUCGUCUUCGACGUCAGUGGCGACCGGCUCCGACUAUCCCAGCGCGGCCCUUGACGAGGAUGACGACGAGGAUGAGCUUGAGCGUGUCGCUCCGAGACAAGCUCCGACCUCUCAUGACUUCGCGGCCUUGCUGGUCAAUUUCCCAUACCACUCUGUCGAGCAGCCUUAUUUCGAGACAAUUCAGCGUCUGGUUGGAUUCUUUAUGACGCCAUCCCAGUUUGACGAAGUCCUCUUCCUACUGGGCAGUUGGUGUAAAGAAUAUCUAAAGCAGGCGUACGUAGAUGCCUAUGCUAUCGAAGCGGCGAUAAGGCCGUCCUUCGAAGCCCGAUUCCUCUGGCAUACGCUACCAGAAUUGUUCUGGACCAUAUUUUCGCGAAGGGUAAUACUUACCAAGAGUGAUGAUACUCGAAAGCUCACAACCGAGUUGUUCCUCCAGCUUCCAAGACUGGCGGCUCACUUGUUGAAACUGGAUAUUCGGCUUAUUCAUAACUUGCCGAAUCCCGACGAUGUCGAGAAUGUAGACUUUUUGUCUCCUGGCAUGCUACAAUGUUUGGGGAACAUCGCCCGCCAGGAUGAACCGCAGUCACACAAUAGCUAUGUCAUGGAUCCAUUUCUGGAUAAUUCUGAGCUGCUUUCCAUCUUCCAGUGGGAAUCUUGCCGGGAGCCUGGCCAGAAGACUGCUUCGACGCUUAGCGGGUCCAUGAUGAAGCUUGUUCGCUUUGUUGAAUCAUUAGCGAGCAUGGUCCCUCGAAUUCCAAGGAAAGCCCUGGACUACAUGGCUAAAUGUUGCAGCUUGGUAGACAGCAUCGUGUACGACAGUUACCAACAAGUUGCUCACUCGUACGGGCCCUCGAACGCGCGCGUUUCACGGUCCGAACGAAACCUGGCUGCUGCCGUUCGACUCUUCAACGGUGUAUCGCCUGCCUUGGACUGGGUUGUUGACAAGUCUAUCAACAAUCUGGCGGCUGACGUCGCUUCUCAACUCAUAGUAUCCCUGACUCUAAUUCUCGCUCGCGGCUUGAGAGGAUCAGCCAAGGACGCUGUAGAGAUGAUCAACGCCCACCGCAAGCAGAACCCCUCGCUGCCAGAAGCAUGCACGGUAGAUGCUAUCGCCAACGAAUGGCGAUUCGGCUUGCUAAGUAAACUCAUCAUGUCGCGUCAGAUGCAACUGCGCGUGAGCGCUGUCACCUUGUUGUGCGGUGACCUCGUAGCCGAAUGGAAGAAAGGCUCAGAAGCUCAAGAGGAGGGCAACGAGUACCUGCAGCACAUAUCGAAGUUCUUGACGGGAACGGGUCUCGUCGACUACCUGUUGGGGCCUACUUGCCACCCAGAGAUUACCAUGGAGAGCUACAACAUACUUGGCUUCUUAGCCGUCACCCAAACAUUUGGCCCAGCGCAGACCGAUCUGUUCUGGCAAACGUUGACAUCAACUCAGGAUCCAAGAAUAGCCGAAGCCCUCGCUCGGAUGAUGGCAAAGACGGCUCCCAACAUGCACCAGGAGCCACUGGUUUAUCUAGUCGAGAAGCUUGAGAGUCUACCCGUUGAAGCUUUCACGCUCCAUGUAAGAGAUCUUUGUGAGUCAGUCACGAAAGCAUUGUCUGUACGAUACGGGUACAUUCAAGGUGCACCCACACAUAUGCUUUAUUUGCGACUGGUUCAACAGGCUUCAGUAUUUGGUGCUCAAGGCACUAUCGAGCAUGCGGAUAUCUACUCCUUCGCUACGGCACGGCUCAGAGACAUUGUGCAAUACAGCAUCAACUUUCAAAGUCGCCAAGAUCUCCUUGAAAGUUGCCUGCAAGAUAUACGUGAAAAGACGGCAACGACCACCGGCAGUCUGAAUGCCCUGCAUGUACUCAUGCGCUCGACGAUGGGCCGGGAUCUCACUUCGCUAGUCACUGAAAGGAAGUUUGCCAGUCUCCUUGUUGAAGAACUAGAGUCUACAAUCUCGAUAGCUCAAAAAGUAGGCUUCACUCCGGUCUAUGCGUCUGCUCUAGGCACCGCCCGUCGGGAGUUCAUUGAAAACAUCAUAGCAGAACACGGAAAUUCGAUCGAGUCCCAGCACAUCCAGCUUCUGUGGCACCUCCUAGUCGGCGAUGGCGCGGCUUGUCAGGAGGACAGAGCGGCCGGCUGGGCUUCAUUGAACUACGCGGUCAGUAAGACACGACUAGCAAACAGGUUUCUGGAGUCGUGCUUGCAGGAACAUCUUCCCCACCUAGCACCGAAUCUCUAUUGCAUUGGUGCAUUGCGGUUUGUCCGUGAAGCCCUAGGACCAUUCACAAAUGACACAAGUGGUACAGCAUUGGAUGAGCAGAACGCAACUCAGCCCGGCGGCCCCUUGGAACUACUCUGGCGUAUCAUCUUGACGGCCCCCCCUCAGUCCAUUGAGGAACAAGCGAUCCAACUAUUAGUCAAUGACAUCUACGUGAACGGAAAUUCGAUAAAUUCCUUCCCUCUGCACCGAGCUCGGAAGGUGCACUUCGCGCUGGUGAAUCGAUGCCUUCGGCAAAUGGCGGACGCUGCUAGAGAGUUACAAUCCGCCGAUGGUGAUGAGGUUAUGCAGAGCAGUGGUGAAUCAGAAUCUGCUGCUACUACGGGAGAUCUCAACGAGCAGGAGCUCAAGUUCAUUCGAUCACUGGCUGUGCUUCAGUCCUUCUUUAGGACUCUGCAAGGCAAAGCCCACGCCUUCGCAGCUCCAGAUAUGAGGUCAUUGAUGCUCCAGUCUGCCAGCAUUAUAGAAGGAGAAUCGGCAGAGCUCAAAUUCCAGUCGUUUGAUGGCAACCAACAGACAGAUGUUAAACCCCUCGCUAUUGGUCGACAGAACACAGCCGCAUCGUUGUUAGCCAGCAUAAGAGAGGCAACUGGAUUUGAUAACUACCGGAUAUUCUAUCGUGGAGCACCACUCACACCCACGGAAGACCAGAUCUGCAAAUCUUUGGAGGACCUUAACAUACAGAACGGCCUUCUCUUGGUGAAAAGAGAGUCAGAUGUGGUGUCUUCACCUGUCAAGGUGAAACCUGGUGCAUCGCCAUUGGAUAUUGAGAUCCUGAGCCACUUCAAGGAGCUGUGGGAAUACCUUAGUAUGGACGAGAAGCUUGCGAGAGAGAUAUACAACUUCCUCGUCAAACUUCCGGCGGACGAGUCUAUCAUGGAAGCUUUCGAAAAUGCAGACACAUCGUACCUCAAGGUGUUCCCUCUGGGGGAGCCCUUCAAGUGUUUGUAUACGGUGCAUGCUCUCCGUGAAUAUUUGAGUACUCGGCGCCUGAAAUCCCAGGUUAUGCAAACAAACUUGCAGAGUGCCGAAACCCGACAAAAGACAGUAUCAGACCAGGAAGCCGUCCUCUUGAAGGCGAUGUCGCUCCUUGUCGCAGCCAUUUGCGAUCCGAAUGUCGUUGAUCACUGUACCAGCGCCUCUCUCCAGGUGACACUCAGCUUUCACCUCGUGGACAACCUGCUUCAGCUGCUGAUCAGUGAGAUCUUACCGGUGUGUCGCAGCAUGCCCGACGCCACCAGUUCUGGUGAAACGCAAGAAUCUUGCAAUGGACAGAACAUCAUCCAGUUCCUCAACCCCAAACUCCAAGAACGUCUAUUGACUCUGCUGGCUUCGGCAGCGGCAUCACCUCCGCACCAGUACAGCAUCGACCUGAUCGGUCGGUCUCUAGAAGCAUUACUGGAGUGCUGUGCUAGGAGCAACGAUUUUUGGACUUCUUUUGAGCAACAACCGGCCGCCGCCAACGUACUGCAAGGCCUUCUUUUCACGGAUGAUCGCCUCUUUGUGAGAAAAAGUGUCGCGAAGAUCAUCAAAGACAGGUGCUUGUUCAGCGCUGGUGAUGCCGGCGCGACUUCCCUGCGCUUCGCGGAAAUGUUUUGGCCAGUCGUGUUCGAGCUUCUGCCCGAAGCUACAGCCCAGCCCACCAAGUGCGAAGAGGUGUUCAACCUGAUAAUCAUGCUUAUGAGACGAUUGUCAGACGCCGACUCUCCCGCAUUAAACCUGCAGGCCUGUUUGAUACGCUGCGGCGAACUUCUUCUGUCUCACACAAGCACUGAGGACAUAUCGCAUGCUGACCGAGUGGACUUCGUGUCACACGGAUUGGUGUCCAUCUUGCAUUGUGGAAUCAAGUUCUAUGCCGGCGAACAGCAGGUUCGCUUUCCUGCAAAUUUUGCGAGGAAACUAUUCCACAGGCACCUCUUUCCGCGUCCGGAUGUCAACGGUCCUUUGGUACCACGCGUGAUUCUGAACCCGCAGACCCGCACCAUGCUAAAUGACAUCAUCCUCAUUCUGUCCAAGAGGGCCCCAGAUCAGUAUUUGGCUUUGCUUCAGGCUCUUGAUGGCUUGACGACCUAUACGAAAACCGACGAGUCGACUCUUAGUCCGUACAGAUAUGAGCUCUCUCCGCAAUAUGAGAGGUUGAGGGCUGUCCGGUCUCCAUGUGGCUACCCUGGUCUUCGAAACCUCUCCAACACCUGCUAUCUGAAUUCUUUAUUCACUCAGCUAUUUAUGAACCCUCAUUUCCGAAAGUUCAUGAUGGAAGUCCCGAUUCUGGACCCCGAUACACACCAGCUUCUACACGAAACCCAGAUCCUAUUUUCAGAGCUACAGGAUAGUAUCCGCAGGUUCGUUGACCCUCAAUCACUUGUUGGGCAGAUCAUGACCUAUGAUGAGUCGCUUAUCGAUAUUCACACUCAGAUGGACGUGGAUGAGUUCUAUAAUCUCUUGUUCGACCGCUGGGAAUUCCAAAUGCCAAGUACACGUGCUAAGAAGACCUUCAAAUCUAUCUACGGCGGACAACUGGUCCAACAGAUCAAGUCAAAAGAGUGUGAACACAUUUCUGAGCGCAUUGAACCGUUCUCGGCCAUCCAGUGUGACAUCAAAGGCAUCGCAAACUUGGAGGAGAGUCUCCAGGCCUAUGUUGACGGUGAAAUUAUGGAGGGAGACAACAAGUACAAGUGCGAGACUUGCGACCGUCAUGUAGACGCAGUCAAAAGAGCGUGCCUUAAGGACAUACCCGACAGUGUGAUCUUUCACUUGAAGAGAUUCGAAUUCAAUCUGAGGACACUUCAGCGCAGCAAGAUCAAUGACCACUUUGCAUUCCCGACAAAAAUCAACAUGCAGCCCUACACGGUUGGGCACCUCAGCGACCCUUCAGGCGAAGCUGAGCCUGAUGAAUUCGAGCUUGUGGGCGUAUUGGUUCACUCUGGAACCGCAGAGUCGGGUCACUACUACUCAUACAUCCGUCAACAUCCGAGUGCCACCGGCCAGGACCCCUGGGUUGAGUUCAACGAUGACUCGGUCACACCAUGGGAUCCAACGCACCUCGAAGGUUCUUGUUUUGGUGGGAAGGACAUGACACAACGGUUCGACGGCACACUCGGUUUCGAGAAGGUUUAUAGCGCCUAUAUGCUCUUCUACCAGAGGUCAUCAUCUCUCAAGAGAGAUCAAGAGGUACUCAGUCUGUCGGGCCAACCCUGUCCCAUCAGAUUCGACCUCAAGCCUGAUAUUGAGUUCGCUAUCAAAGAGGGGAACUGGGGUAUCGUCCACCGAUACUGCACCAACGAUGCCUCACAUAUCCCGUUUGUGAAGCAAGUUCUCUCUCACAAAUGGGAUUCAGAAUGCUCGGAAGACCACAAGGUUGAGAACUUGGCUAUGUUCGUUGCCAUUGGCCAUCUUGAUCAAAUCGCCUCACGCACCAAAGACCAGCCGGACUUUCAGCAGCUUCACGAGACAAUUCUGCAAGUGUGCCAGCGAUGUCCACUGUGUUGUCUGUGCUACCUCAAUUACCUGAAAGACCGGCCCGAGGCAAUGCGCAUGCUUCUGUUGAGAAACGUGGACGGUACUGCACGGCAACAAACCGGGAGGCUUCUCAUACAUGCGCUGAAGCACAUCAAAGAGAGCCUGCCGGAAGAAUACGAAGUUCCAAGCGAGGAGAAAGACAUACUUCUUUAUGAUCUGUCGGUUGCCCGCCCUUGCGCCUUGACUUCAGCGGUGCAGAUUUUCAGCAAUCUCUGGGAAUCAUUUCACAUCAGCCUACGAGCUUGGCCCGAGCUCUUUGGCACCAUGGUUGAUUUUGCUUCAAUGGGCAAAAUCGAGGGCGCUGCACUACUGGAAGAAGACUUCCUCAUCAAACUUCUCACAAUUAUUACUGCAGAGUCUAGUGAUCGUGAGCUCGGUCCACAGUACGCUCGGCUCGCUACAACACUCUCGAGGCGGCAGCGAGCACCAAGCUACGAUAAUAUCCUGGCUUUGAUCGAAAUUCUGAUGAAGCUGUUGGACACCGAAAUGGAGACUCAACAAUUCCUCGAGAAUUCGUACGGUCGAUUGCAGCUUGCUCUGGAUGAUGAGUGUGUUCCAUGGACCACAGAAGAGGUCAACGAGAUUCACAAAGGCUGGGCUAGGAGCACGAGCAUAUUCGUCGAUAAGUUGAUACAGAUCAACCAGAAUCCCCCGGUGACAGAGAGAAUUAUUGAGCAUCUUCUGACUCUGGGUCCUCAGGUGGACCGGAAGAUUUUUGGCGUUGUCCAACUUGGUAUCACUGAUUCUCACUCUCAGCAGCAGCAGACUCCUGUCAGCUCGUAUUUGCGGGCAGCUGCUUGGUACGUCCAGCACAGUGCGGACUCGACCCUUGUGCAGCAAUUAAUCGUGCACGCUGGCCUCCAGUGCAAGUUGCUGGUAGGAAUGGAAGGACUGGCUUACUUCUACUUCUUCAAGAAGAUUUUUGAAAUGCCGAGAAAGACUGAAGAGGAUAUCAACACAGUCCUGGUCAAGGGUUAUCAAGAAGUGCCGAGAUGGGUCCCAGGCCUGCUUGGUUACAUGGAUCGCAACGUGAGCUACCAGGUGGAGCUGUUCCUGGAGGAGACUCUUUGGCGAUGGGUCACCGGCCCAGAACUGCUGGAAGAUAUGGCUGGCAUGGAGAGAGCUCAUGAGAUGAUCGCCACAGCAAAGAGACUCGGUGUCGCUUGUCUUUUGUAUCUACGCGAUACGUAUGUUGCCCGUACCGCGCAGGCCCCGAGGGAUAGCUUCCAGCCACUGGAGAAGACUGUGAAACGUUGCAACACAUUCUUUAGUCCCGAGAAUGUCGCCAUUGCUGCGGACAUGGACCGCCAGUUUCAGGACCUCCUUCCAGUCAUUGACCAAACCAGACGACUGGUUGUAGACGAGAUUGAGGAAGAUGUUUCUGAUUGGGACAACUCGAUUGGGUCCUCAGAGCCAAUGGAUAUGGCAGACUUACAACCCACCGGGGAUCUGAACGACGUGGAUGUUCAGUGA